AUGGGGGAGGCAAAAGAGCCUCAGGGCGACGAGCCCAAAGAAGAAACCACUCCGCCAAAUUCCAGCAGUGUCUCGGAUGGCCAUGAUACUCUGAAAUAUCAGCUCCUAGGCCCGUCUCUCACUAAAGCGGGUCAGGACUCUGUCGACCAGCGAAAGGUUUCUGAGAUUAUCUAUAAUGCAUCCAAAGGCUCCAAGUUUUUUAACCACGAGGAAACUCGAGAUAAAGUUCUCACCGAGAAGAUUGCGCGGAUCUUGAAAGAGAAAACGCGUCUUGAAAAAUUAAAUCUAUCGGUCGAUCUACGACGGGCCGACCAACUCUUUGCCGAACUUGAAUCAAGCCGAGAUCUCUCACAAUAUGUUGUGCAUGUCGACUGCGACGCAUUCUUUGCGGCGGUUGAAGAGCUUGACAGACCUGAGCUCAAAACUGUUCCAAUGGCAGUGGGGAAAGGAGUUUUAACUACUUGUAACUAUGAGGCUCGAAAGUUCGGCUGUCGAAGUGGCAUGGCUUCUUUUGUGGCCAAAAAGCUGUGCCCGCAACUGAUCUGUCUACCUCAAAAUUACGGAAAGUACAGCGCAAAGGCGGAAGAGAUUCGUGCCAUUUUCGUCCAGUAUGAUCCGCAGUUUGAGAGCGCGAGUAUCGACGAAGCGUAUCUGAACAUCACAGCUUAUUGUACAGAGAACCAGAUAGACCCAGAAGAGGCUGUGGACCGUAUGCGGGCAGAGGUUCUUGAAACAACGAAAAUUUCGGUCUCUGCAGGGAUCGCGGCAAAUGCGAAGAUUGCCAAAAUCGCAUCAAAUUGUAAUAAACCAAACGGCCAGUUUCGAGUACCAAAUGAACGAGAUGCUAUCAUGGAGUUCAUGAAAGAGCUUCCGAUGCGCAAAGUCAACGGAGUAGGCCGAGUGUUUGAAAGGGAACUGGACGCCAUUGGUAUCAAGACAUGUGGUGAUAUCCAUUCCCAAAGGGCCCUACUAGCCAAACUCUUUGGUGAGAAAGCGCUUCAUUUUCUAGCACAGUGCUACCUCGGACUUGGGCGGACGAAGAUUCAACCAGCAGAGAGCUAUGAGCGGAAGAGCGUCGGCACUGAGAGCACAUUCCAUGAGAUUGGAACCAAGCAAGAGUUUCGGGAGAAGCUGUGGGUUAUUGCUCAAGAGCUUGAGAAGGAUCUAUCUCGAACCCAGUUUAAAGGCCGUACAUUGGCUCUCAAGGUCAAGCUGGCCACUUUCGAAGUUUUGACUCGCCAAUCCCAGCCUCCAAAGGCAGUAUCCGCUGCAAAGGAUCUCUACUCCUAUGCCCUUCCCAUGCUAGAGAAGCUUGAAAAGGAGAUUCCUUCCAUGAAACUCCGACUUCUUGGUCUUCGAUGUACCCAUCUAAUCACUACCAAGAAACCUGGAAUGGACUUCUUUGGCGCAGCAGCACGACCAAAGCCAAUACCCAGUGCGGCGUCUGACCCCAGCGUUGAGCAAGAAAUCAGCGCAGAGGAGGCCUUCGAAAAGGCAGCGCGUGAGGAACUACAGGAUGAAAUGCAUGACCUGGAAAAACUCAGCCAAGAGGUGUCGGAAGGCCUCAAUCACGAUGGAGAAAGCCAAUCCCCCCGUGUUGAAAAGAUCCCCGAUCCUGUUUACUGGGAUUGCCCUAUCUGCAGCAGACCUCAAAUUGCUGAGGACAGGGCCUUCAAUGACCAUGUGGACUACUGUCUUUCAAAACAGACAAUCAAGGAAGCUGCUCAAGGCGACUAUAGCGGGACACAAUCGACGUCAUCGGCUACGCGAAAGCGCAAACCACCAUCUCAGGAAGCUACGGAUCCGCGACAGAAACGAUUGUUCUUUACCUGA